AUGCUUCGAAUCAAAAGGAUCUGCCAUUGAUAUGGAAAUAUUGGCAAGAAUAUGUCAGAAGAUUGCCAAGUUCCCAUCCACCAACAAAUAUGGCGCCUAUGUGGUUAAGAAUAAAGAGUUUCUUCACUAUGCUCUUGAUUAUUUGCAACACGGAAUAGCUUUAUCAGGUCCAAGCGAAUACAACAUUGCCAAAAGAAUGGCAUCAUGUUUAUACGACUUAGAUGAACUCGUCACAGCUGCUGAGUGGAUAAAACGAGCGUUAUCAUUAUCCUCAUAUGUUAAGACAUAUGACUUUAAAGUUACCUGUUUAUAUCUUCUAAAACGAUAUGGCGUUGAAAGCAAGGAUAAUGGAGGUGACAAACCCUACUAUCUUCUCCGAGAAAUAAUUUACAUACUGCUUAAAUGCCAAAAACAGCAGGCAAAUACGAAGGAAGUGUAUGAAUACAUGAUCAGGAACGACUACUCCGACUUGUGUUCACUUAUAUACGAUGUGGUAACGGUAAAACAAUUGUUAAAACAAACCGGUAUAGAUAUAAUUACAGAAAUCUUGCAAUGUGGCACAGCAAUAAAAACAUUAGAUACAGGACGACAGAAGCAGCUUGAACAGUUCAAAGAACAAAUAUCAAAUGUCGUUCCACAAGACGAUAUUGAAAUGGAUCUCGAAGAAGAGUUUGAAAAAUCUUCAGCACCUAUUCCGAUUUCUCUAGAGACUCAACAGGUACCCGAAGGAUAUCAAUACAGUUUCUUCAUAUCUCAUAGCAAGAGAGACAGUGACUGGGUUAUCAAUAUGCUUCUUUUCGAAUUAGAAAAGAAAUUUUCAGACGAAGACGAAGCUUUUAAAGGUUGUAUUGCGGACCGGGAUUUCGUUCCGGGAAAAACGAUAAUCAGGAACAUCACAGAAGCAAUCAGAAAAAGCUGUAAGAUAAUCCUUGUGCUAACAAGAAAUUUUGUUGCGAGCCCUUGGUGCGAGAACGAAAUGGAAAGAGCAUUAGUACGACAUAUUAAUGAUAAAGAUAGUUGUGUCAUUCCCCUUUUAUUGGAACAGUUGUCAGAUGAGCAGUUUCCUGAUUGUUUAAAAAAUAUUACAUAUUUAGAUAUGACAGAUGAAAGUACAAGGAUUCAAGAAAUAAGAAGACUGAAGCGGGCUUUGUUGUAUGUACCUGGUGAUGAUAUUAUAUACGUUCUGGAAGACAAGUGAAUAUUUAAGCUCAAGACGUGGCAAUACAAUGGAAAUGUGUAAUAUAAAAUACCAAUCGUCACACUAGACAUAUUGAUGUUCUGCAAUUUGGUUCAAUUUUAAAGAUGCUGAUCAGAAAAUGUUGUCUCAGGUUUAUAAUUUUGUAACUUAUUAAACGACACGUGACCAUUACAAAAGUUAAUAAGUAAAACUCAUUCAUUUUAUUUUCUCUUAUACUUGCGUCGCACAUAUUGCACUAUUGUAUACGAUGUUUAAUAAGAUGAGCAUAUUUUGUUAUUUUCAAACGAAAUUGAUUAAAUCAUGAUUGAUCUUGA